UUGGAAGUUCUGGUAGAAAUGAAAAAACAAGGUAUACCUUUUAACAAAGAAACUUACCUACUUGCAUUUGCAAUAUGCUACAAACUGGACAACCUGGAGUCUUACAAAAUCUCUGCGAAACUGCUUGAAGAAGCACAGCUGAAAGGUGUCACAUUACCUCUGCGAGCGUUCUGCUUUGCUGUAGCAACUGCUCUGAAACAGAAUGAUGUAGCGCAAGCCAAAUUUUAUUGCUCCCAGAUAAUGAAAACAGAGAACAAACUAUACAACAAUCUAGAAGUUCUUGUCCAGCUCAGAUCUGGUUCACUAGGAGAAGUGAUAAAGACAUUAGAGGCAGCAGUGAAAGUAAAUACUCCUCCCUUUGUGAAGAAAAUAGAGUUUUCUGAGGAGGUGCUGGCUACAGUCAGGGAAAAAAUGCAAGAAAAUCCUGACCUUUCUGCCAAACUUGGAGAUGUUUAUAUGAAACUACAAACUUCAGGACGGAUAACCACAUGCUCGCUGGAAGACAUGCUUUUCCAGAUUCCUAGUUCAAAGAAGACCCCUGCAAAGCUUUUACAUCAGAAGCAAUUGGGCUAUCAGGCUGCUAAACCGCUUCGGUCAAAUCUAUUGUUGGAAUAG